AUGUUUCACCGUCCUUUUAAAACCGUUUUUUUCCAUCGGAUAUUUAUUCGAUACUUUUGUUGUAUACUGUAUGCAUUGAAGCCAAUUGCAUCACCAGCUCCCGAAAAACCACUACCAGCUCCAGAAGCUGUAGUCCCAUUUAGAGCUGCCGGCCUUCCAAACAGUAUCCAACCGUCAGCGAAAUUGCCAAUCAGCCUUGACGACGUUGUAUGGGUCAGUAUCAUGCAGCAGGCUGUGGCUCGAUGUGGCCAAGGAACAGAUACUUUGGCUGCAAAUGUUCGUGCUGUGGUAGAAGAAGCAAUGAGCAUCUCUCUGAAACUAAUCUCUGACGCCCGGUACAACAGCAUAGAAGAAGAAGUUGAAACGCACAAAGAUGUGAUUGGAACUCGAGAAAGAGCUUGGGAAAAUGCCAAGACAAAGUUCAUCCAACCACUGUUCCAACAGUAUCGCACCACGAUUCUCAACUCAGCGCAACAAACAUGUCCCUCCAUAACCCUUAAAAGUUUGAAGCGUCGCAGAGUUUAG